CGAUUUUCGAAUCUGGAACGAACGAAACAAACCUGCCACACCAUGAGAAUGAUUGAAAUGAGCAACAGCGCUUCUCGGAAGAAAUUGUGUGAUUAGAGGGUAACAAGGAACCCUUAGACAUAACAGUCAGCCGGAGCUCUUUAGAAUCGGUGUCCUGUCAGCAGGAAGCGACUUCAACACCUCGCCGUUCAAGAAUCAGAAAGGAUGGACCGACGCGUUUCCCGACGCCGGUCGCAAACGUCCCUAGUUGUGGCAGAAGAAGCGCACGCUGCCGAGGACCCAUCCGCGUUGCAACGCAUCGUUGAAUACGCAGCGGUGCGUGUGCUAGCCCGACAAUUUCCCUCAAGAAACGCACAUGGUAGAAGCAGUACGGAAAUACCAUUCAAUCCAUACCGAGAGCAUAUUCCUGAGUUUGGAGGCGUUUUGCCAUUUGUUUUGCGAUUGCUAAAAACAAUACUUCUAUCCGGCUUACUUCUGACUGUAUCACUAGCUUCGUAUUGGAUGUGCUAUCAAGCCGCCAUGCCGUCUCGGCACUCCAGUAAGCUGCUGUAUUUCGACUAUACAGGGUCUGCGUUGCCACGGCUGAUGGCAGCCAAAGUUCCAUUUCGCCCCGUCGAAGACAGCGAGUCCAGCUAUCAAGGUCCAUGGGCUCUGGUAGAUUUGUUCUCUAAACAGCCGCACUGGGAGGCAUUCAGUCAUGAAAUUCUACCGCCGCCUACCACAUCGACGCGACUUUUACAGCCCAAGCAGGACUACUACAUUGAAAUAGUGUUGGACUUACCGGAGUCGGAACACAAUCAGAUGCUGGGCAUGUUUGGUGUCGUCACGGAACUCUAUUCACGCAACGGAACCAAACUUGCCUUAUCUCGGCGGUCGAUGCGCAUACCGCAUGAGAGCCACUGGAUAUCGGUCGUGCGCAAGAUGGCACUCUUGGCACCCCUAUUGAUUGGCGCCAUCGAAGAAACACGAACGGUAACGGUGCCAUCAUUUCGACACAUUGUGGAAAGUCUGGAUUUACCACUGAAGUAUAUAUUGGUCCAAGUCGUCAUGCCAAGAGACCCAAUUCUGGCGUCGAAAACAGUAGAGAUCACUGGCGGUGAAAUAUGGAUUGGCAAAGAGCUCAACAGCGUGCAGGAAAUUAUGCGUCACUGGUUUUAUACGUGUGCUACCCUUGGUACUGCUGUCUUCGCUUUCUUUUACUUGUCGUUGUUCCUGGUCCUAAAACUCGUCCUCGAAUCUGUAGGCAAGCCGGAAGAACCGGCAUGCGACUUGGCAAGUUUGCCUGAGGAUGAGCCGCAAGACUUUGAGCCCAUCCCAGUGGUAGAUGACGAUGAGCCACAUACUAUCCCGUUACGCAACGGAACGAAUAGCUCGCGGUUUGUGAAUGAAACGGAGCGUGUCCACCGUGCCGAUCGGCGACAUCCACAGACUACAUCAUCUGCUUACGAAGACGCAAAUAUUUGGGAAGACUUGAAUUUUAUUACUCCGGUUACUCCAGCCGAAGCUAUUUGA